UUUGUGCGGGUUGGUGGGGGCGCGGGGGCCCUUAUUUAUGUAUCUCACGUGUAUUUUAUACUUCAUACCACGAGUAUCAUAAUCAAAUAAUAAUAAACUUGAAAUUAAGUUAUAAUAAAUUGAAAUAGAAAUGGAAGAACAGAAAAAACGAGUUGAAAAUCAUAUGACGAGAAUGGUCGAAGAAAUUGACAAAACAUGUUUACGUAAGAUGCAGAGAGAUAUGCAUCAAUGUGCGGCACAAUGUUGUGAAAAUGAAUCAUAUAGCAUACAGAAAAUACAUACUUGUGUGGAAAAUUGUAGUUCCUCUUUGAAUAAAGCACAACAAUACAUUCAAGGAGAGUUUGAGCGAGUACAGAAUCGCUUGCAAAGAUGCAUAAUGGAAUGCAAUGAUAAUGUAAAAGAUAAAAUGGGACCAAAUCCGACUCAGAAUGAUGUGGAUAGGUAUAGCGAAGAAUUUGAAAAGUGUGCCACCAAAUGUGUAGAUUCUUAUUGCGAGUUACUACCAACCUUAGAAAAUACAAUGAAGAAAGUUCUCAGUAAAAAUGAGUUCUUGUAAUAUUCUUUUUAGUUGAAAGAAAUUAAUGUUAUCUGUAUUUUACUUUUAA